AUGGUUGGACGCAUUGGGCACGACGGAGUACGAGAGUUGCAUGACGAGAUAGUUGCGUUCUUCAAGUACGCGGCGCCCACGCCGGAUGAGCGCCAUGCGCGCGCGAUGGUCAUUGCGGAAGUCUCGCAGGUUGUGAAGAGGAGGCUGCCAAAGGCCUCGGUGGAUACCUUUGGGAGCGUCGCGCAGGACCUGUAUCUACCGGACGGUGAUACAGACUUGGUCAUCACAACGCCCCACCCAUAUGAUGACGAAACGAAGAAGCGGGUACUCUUCCAGCUCGCGGCACUCAUACGCAACACAGGCGUGACUGCCAACCGCGUUCAAGUCGUUCCCCGAGCCCGUGUACCCAUCAUGUCCUUCCAAACCACCCCCAAUCUCGGCUCUUUGAAAAUUGAUCUCAGUAUGAACGCUGCAGACGGCCUGCGUGGUGUCUCGGUACUCCGGGGAUACUUCGAGCGCAUGCCCGCCCUCCGCUACCUCGUAUUGGUGCUGAAGAGCCUCUUGUCGCGCCGCGGCCUCAACUCUGCGUCCAGCAGCGGGCUGAGCAGCUAUGGCCUCAUCUGCCUCGCCAUCAGUUUCCUGCAGCUCAACCCCGGAGGGCGGCCCGCCGCAUACAUCGAACAACCAAUGGAGAGCGAGAGCCUCGGCGUGCUGCUCCUCGACUUCCUAGAGUACUACGCGGACAAGUUCCCGUACGACACCUCGUACGUCUCCGUCACACAAGGGAAGAUCCUCUCGAAGGAGGACAAGGGCUGGGCGAGCGAGACGAACCCGGAGGCCCUGUGCAUCGAGUGUCUGUUGAACCCAGAUAACGACGUCGGCCGGCCGACGAGCAAGAUCCGGACUAUCCGCGCGCUGUUCCGGGAGUCGCAUGCACUCAUCAGCGCAUACCCGUUCGCGCCAUCUCCUGCCGCCCACAACGUCCUCGGCACCAUCCUUGGUGUAUCUGAGUCUGUGAGCAUUAUUUCACCAGGAUCUGACCUUCGCUUGAGAACGUAG